GGCUAGCAGCUAUCAUUGGUGGGCCUGUUCUUCCUGAGGAAGGAAGAAGAGCGCUGAGGCUAUGGGAGGCCUACGAUUAAGAGAUGAAGCACACACUCAUUCACGCAAUUGGCCACCCAGUAACACAAAAUAGGAUUUGCAAGGUGGCUCAAAAGUAGGUAGCCUGCUGCGGAAUCCACUUUCAUUGUUCUUGACUCAAGUUCGCUGUCAUCAUUCACAAUUAAUCCUUUCAUCUGACUCCACUGUCCGCCCAAAGUCUGACUGCCACUUAGUGGUGUUUUAGUUAUGUGUACCCAUACAAUCUAUUGCGAUGAAUCGCAUUGGCUCAACUGCGUGACUACUUUUGGGGCCACUGCUGUUGGUUAAACCACAGAGCCUAGGACUUGCCGAUCAGAAGGUCGGCGGUUCGAAUCCCCGCGACGGGGUGAGCUCCCGUUGCUUGGUCCCUGCUCCUGCCCUAGCACCUAGCACCUAGCAGUUCGAAAGCACGGCAAAGUGCAAGUAGAUAAAUAGGUACCACUCCAGCGGGAGGGUAAACGGCGUUUCCAUGCGCUGCUCUGGCUCGCCAGAAGCGGCUUAGACCUGCUGACCACAUGACCCGGAAGCUGUACGCCGGCUACCUCGGCCAAUAAAGCGAGAUGAGUGCCGCAACCCCAGAGUCAGCCACAACUGGACCUAACGGUCAGGGGUCCCUUUACCUUUACCUUAUAGACUGCCUCAAAAUAAGCAAGUUAAACCCCGAGGUUAAUAGCCUGAACCUCUGUGAAUCUGCUGAACUGGCCAUUUCGCCGGGCGAUUCUCCAGUGCUAUCUGACAACCAGACACACUGAAUUGGGUGCCAGAGUCCAACUCUUACACACUUCUCGCCAGUACACUUUCGGCCUUAUAAACCAGAUCCGUGCUCUGCAAAGCUGUCAACCACAUCCUUUCUUUCCAGGCAUAACAAACGCGUCCAGGAAGGAUCCGACAUUUGCAACACUUUCUUGUCAGAUCACCAGGAGAUUUCUCUAACGGCCCGAAAGAGCCAGCAACUCUUUGCCAGGAGACAAGAUUUUCUGGACAUCGUUGGCGCAGCAUCCAAUUAACAUUAUUAUUAUUAACAGGC